UUAAAGAAUACAAAUCAACUUGAUUUUUUUUUAAAAUGCUUUUGAAAACUAUUAUUUUAAUUUAUGGAUUGAUUAUUAUACUAAUUUAUCGAGAAGGAAAUACUUUGAAUUAUUUAUCAAAGGAAUGUGAUAGUAAAUCAGAAUGGGGCCCAUGGCGUUGUCCUGGUAUAGGAACAAAAUGUACUGCUAACAUUGCAACACGUUAUAAAUGCAUCGGUGGAAAUUGUACAAGUGACAGUCUAUGUGCUAAACUUGAAAAUCAUACUCAAUCAGAUUCCUGCGUAAAAGUUCUUCAACGUGGUGAAUGUGAACCUUGGUGGACCAACUGGUCAUCGUGGUCUAAAUGUACAACAACUUGUAGAUUCCAUGAAAAACAUCGUUCCCGGUUUUGUACAGGAGCUUUUAAUUAUAAUAGUUACAAAUUUAAGGUAAAAGAUUCAAUUUUAAAAUCUUGUGCAUCUAUCGAAAGAAUACACGAAGGAAUUGAAAAAGUCUCUUGUCCUGUAAGUCGCCUAUGUUCAGCUAUUAAUGGUGGUUGGAGUCAAUGGAGUGAAUUCACUGAAUGUUCUGUUACAUGUGGCAUAGGAAAACGUGUUCGACGUCGUCACUGUGAUCAUCCUAGACCACAAGAAGGUGGAUUAUACUGCAUAGGAACUGACCACCAAGAGCCCUUUGCGAGUAAACUAAACUGUCCACGUAGAAAAAGUGUCAAGUGAUGGAUAACGUUAAACGUUCAGUGUAUCCAACUUAAUGUAAUUAAAAUAGUGUUUAUUGAAUCAACUAACAAUUGCUAGAAAAAAUAAACAACUUAGAACAAUUACUCUUUUCGAUAAAUUUGGAUAACAUAAUAUGAAGACAAAGAUUACUAAAGAUCUGAAAAUCUGCAUCCUCUUAAAUAAAUAAUUUAGAUAUUCUCCAAACACACAAUACAUAUUCAUAACAAUCUAGUCUCCAUGACGUCAUUCACUUCAAGUUCACAGAUCAUCAAGUACUUCAUAUAUAUUUCGAUCUAAUUCAGCUGUGAGUUUUCUUUUUUCCUUUUCAAAUGCAACGUCAACAUUGCAUACUAUUUAUUUCCAUGACAGCAUUACUAAAAUUAUCUGUGAAUUAAUGCAGAUGGAUGCAACUGGCUCAUCUAGUUCGAAGAGCGUAAUGCUACUUAAACUAACUAAACAUAAUAUUAUUCCUGGUAUCUAUACUGGUUUACAUAAUUUUUAUUCUAGUGAUAACAACCCAUCAUUUUUCAAUAUUAUUUGCUUUUACUAAGAUAUCUUACUGAUAUGAACCUCUC